AUGAAUGUGAGUUAUCGAUCUAUCAUAGACUCAAUGAAAACGAUUUCCAAAAAUUAUUGUACCCGUAGUGAGCAAUAUUAUGCUAAACAAAUAAAAAAUGCAACUGUUGUAUGUACAAACCACUUGACUCCAGAAAUAAAAUUGCAUUUAAUUACUGAACAAUGCCAACUAUGGCAUUCGCCUGCCAGUGAAUGUCAGUUUAAUGAUCCUUUCUGGGCAUUUUAUUGGCCUGGUGGCCAAGCUAUUUCCAGGUUUAUACUAGAUAACAGCAAGUAUGUGAACAACAAAACAAUUUUGGAUAUCGGAAGUGGUAGUGCUGCAUGCAGUCUUGCAUCAGCUAUAGCGGGUGCCAGUCAAAUUACGGCUAAUGACAUAGAUCCUGUUGCAUGUGUAGCAGCAAAACUAAAUGCUCAGUUAAACAACAUCAACAUUCAAGUAUUGUCUAAGAACAUUUUGUUCAAUGAUUGUUCACAAUGGGAAGUCAUCAUUGUUGGAGAUAUGUUUUAUUCACAAGAUAUGGCUGAUGUACUGUGGAAAUGGCUGGACGCACUGUGUAACAAAGGGAAAACUAUACUGAUUGGUGAUCCGGGUAGACAUUGUUUUAAGCCUGAACGCCAUUUACAGGAGCGUUUAAAAAAACUUAAAGAAUACAAAUUAACAGAAAAUUGUUGUUUGGAAAAUCGAGGUUUUUCAACUGCAUCUGUUUGGAUUUUAGAAUAA